GUCCUGUUCUUUUUAUAUCUGGGCAGCUGAAAUGUGAGGGGUCACAAUGGGAGGAUAAAUACAAGAGCCAGCAGGCUGGAAGGGUGUCGCAGACGAAGGCCGGAUCUCCUCCUUCCCUCUCUCUUCUCCCAGCUCUCCUCCUAAACUCAAAGAGUCAGGAUGCCACACGCAUACCCCUUCCUCACUCCUGAGCAGAAGAAGGAGCUCAGUGACAUUGCUCAGAGGAUCGUCGCUCCCGGCAAGGGAAUCCUCGCCGCAGAUGAGUCCACUGGCAGCGUGGCCAAGCGCUUCCAGAGCAUCAAUGCUGAGAACACUGAGGAGAACAGGAGGCUGUACCGCCAGCUCCUCUUCACCGCUGAUGACCGCGUCGCCCCUUGCAUUGGUGGCGUGAUCCUCUUCCACGAGACCAUGUACCAGAAGACCGACGAUGGCAAGCCCUUCCCCCAGUUCCUCAAAGAAAGAGGCAUGGUGGUGGGCAUCAAGGUCGACAAAGGUGUUGUGCCCCUGGCCGGAACCAAUGGCGAGACAACCACCCAGGGUCUUGAUGGACUGUAUGAGCGCUGCGCCCAGUACAAGAAAGAUGGUGCUGACUUUGCCAAGUGGCGUUGUGUGCUGAAGAUCACCCCAACCACCCCCUCAAGACUGGCCAUCAUUGAGAACGCCAAUGUCCUGGCCCGCUAUGCCAGCAUCUGCCAGAUGCAUGGAAUUGUUCCCAUUGUUGAGCCUGAGAUUCUCCCUGAUGGUGACCAUGAUCUGAAGCGCUGCCAGUACGUCACUGAGAAGGUCCUGGCUGCCGUCUACAAGGCCCUGUCUGACCACCACGUGUACCUGGAGGGUACCCUGCUCAAGCCCAACAUGGUGACAGCUGGACACUCCUGCUCACACAAGUACAGCAACCAGGAGAUUGCCAUGGCAACCGUGACCGCCCUGCGCCGCACUGUGCCCCCCGCAGUCCCUGGCAUCACCUUCCUGUCUGGUGGCCAGAGUGAGGAGGAGGCCUCUGUCAACUUGAACGCCAUGAACCAGUGCCCUCUGCACAGGCCCUGGGCCCUGACCUUCUCUUACGGUCGUGCCCUUCAGGCCUCUGCCCUCAAAGCCUGGGGUGGUAAGAAGGAGAAUGGAAAGGCCUGCCAGGAGGAGUUCGUCAAGAGAGCUUUGGCCAACAGCCAGGCUUGUGUGGGCAAAUACGUUUCCUCUGGGUCCAGCGCUGCUGGUGGAGAGUCACUGUAUGUGGCCAACCACGCUUAUUAAGCAUGGACUCACCAUUGCCCUUUCCACCUCCUUCCCACUAUAAUAACAUCAUCAUGGAACAUGUCAUAUCUUCCUAUAGGCACCAUCUAUGAAACUGUCUCUCCACUAUUGAACAGCACUUUUACGGCAACUUGGUAGAAAGUGAAAGAGAAAGAUGGGGAUUGGGUUGUUGCUGCAGCUAGGAGAUUUCUGGAAAAUGUUCUGCCUCCAUUCCCUUACAUUUUGUUUUUAAACACCUUUUUUCAGGUGAUAUUUCCCACACUGUUUUUACACAACUUGUACUAUUUUUCCUUGGUCUAAUUCCACCAAGUACAGGAUUUAUACUGCACCAUGGAAUAAAGUAUUUACCCCAACA